AUGUCGCUUACGCCCUCCAAUCCCCGGAUGAUGAGCCCAGCCAUCGGGUCCGGCAUCAAGCUCAAUCCCUCUCCCUCCCCAUUCUUCAAGACGACCCCGCGCUCGCCCGUCAAGGCUGGACGCGCCGAAGCCAGCCUUGCCUUGCGCCAGGUCAUCGGCACCACGACCAAUUCGGCCAAUGCCUUUGACAGCCUGCCGUCGGCGAGCACCUUUGGCUACACGGCGGGUGCUGCCGCUGUCAUUGCGUGCAUAGACGACCAAGGCCGUGUCACCCAGCGCUUCUACCGCGCACGCCCGACCACCAACCCCAUCAAUCCCUCGGCUUCCAUCUAUGGCGGGCCAUCCACCCCGACCCAGAACGAGAGUCGCAACCGCACCGCCGUCUCGUUGCGCGACGCCGGCUUCGGGGGCUCACCACUCCCGUCGCCCAGUGCGCCCGACUGGGCAGACUCGCCGAGCAACAGAGCUUGGAACAUGAAAGAGAAGAUCAAGGCGGCAACCUGUGUCAGCUUCAGUCCUGACGGGAAAUUCUUCGCCGUCGGAGAGACGGGCUACAAACCGCGUGUACUCAUCUUCUCUGCCUCAUCAGACGCCCCCUCGGACACGCCCCUCACGUCUCUCUCGGAUCACACCUUCGGCGUCAACUGCGUAGCCUUCAGCCCCGACUCGCGCUUCCUGGCUAGCUUGGGCUCAGCCAACGAUGGCUUUUUAUACAUCUGGCACAUCAACUCCCGCACCGGAGCUGCCACGCUGCAUGCUAGCAACAAGUGCGUCAGCCACAUCAAUCGGAUGGCAUGGAUGGGAAACAAGCUCGUCACUGUCGGUGUCCGCCAUGUCAAGGUCUGGAAGAUCGAUGACCUCAACGCCACAAUGCGCAUUAGCAAGGCGCGCCAGAGCGAUGUUUCGUUCCUCUCAGGUUCGACCCAUAAGACAUUACCAGGGAGAAACUGUAUCCUGGAGAAUUUGAAGGAGUCCACAUUCACAAGCGUCGUCGCUAUAGCCCGGAACAAGGCCAUCGUGGCUUCUGACAAGGGAGACAUAUGUCUCAUCGACGAUACCGAAUCUGACCAUCGCUUCUCGAGACUAGUCGAUGCCGGCUUUCCUGUCAGUUCUCUAGCAGUCGACGUCAAGGGACGACUUCACAUCGCCGGUAGCCAAGGCGCGCUCAAAACCUUCAACAUAAAGGAGAUGAUCGGAAGACUGACUCCCCCGCCCUCGCCUCCACCACGCAUAGAGUCUCCAUCCAUCUCGGUCACGGACAGCAGUCAGAUCGGUGUGAUUGCUUGUCUCAAAGACUACCUUAUCACUGUCGAUGCACACCGAGCAAUUCGACUGUCGCAACUGUGCUCCGAAGACGACGAAGGCGUCGUCGGCAACGUCGUCCACACAUUGCCUGCGCACGGGCAUGCUGUGUUAGGAGUACACGCUGGUCUCAUACAACCAAACGUUUUCGAGGCUUCAUACUACACAUGGGCAGCUGAUGGGACUGUCAUCUUCUGGAGUCAAGGAUCCUGUAAAGGUUUGCUUCAAGUACAGCUUGAGCAGCUGGACGAUCCCGAGGCCGUUCCGAACGAGCUACGGACAGUUCGUGUCUCUGCCGAUGGCGCUUUCCUCGUCGCAGGAGACAAGUAUGGCGUUCUGCGGUUCAUCAAUUGCAACACCAAAACCUGCACAUUAGAGUUCAAGGCUCACGCCAGUGAAAUCACUAGCAUCGCCAUACACGAAGAGCCGAAUAUCACUUUUGUCGCAUCCGCCAGUCGAGAUCGCACCGUUCAAGUGUUCACCCGAUUAGAGCAGACCUGGGAUCUACUGCAAACCUUGGACGAGCAUGUGGGAGCAGUUAACGGGGUUUCCUUCUCACGAAAUGGCGCUCGUCUAGUCUCGUCUUCCAGCGAUCGAAGCCUCGUCGUUCGCGAACUGUUGUCUCUCGAGGAGGCUCGUGGAACGACCCGCGCUUUUGUCAUGUCACGCGCUAUCAUGUUGAAGGCAACCCCAGUGUCGUCAGCCUGGGACGUUGAUCAGGAUGAUGUCUUGCUUGUGUCAACCAUCGACCGUCAGGUCCACAAAUUCGACAUUCGAACAGGUCAAAGUCUCAGCAACUUCCGUGCAUGCGACACUGAUGGUGGGGAUGCCGUUGUUCUAUCUUCUCUAGUCCACAUACCACGUAAUUGGGGCGCUCCACUAAUAGCUGGUGUGUCGAGCACCGAUAAGUCGAUACGCGUUUACGAUGAAAGCGGCUCUUUGGUUGCUCGUGACUGGGGCCAUACUGAAGGUGUCUCUGACAUCGCGCUUGUGGAAACACCUGGGCAAGUGAGUGAAGAGUUGGGCGAGAAGUCACUGGUCACAGUAGCAGUAGACGGGACUAUAUUUGCAUGGGCUUUGGCUUUACAGGCUCCCAAUCGUCAAGACAUAUCAAAGUCGAUGGAUUUGCUCGCCCCAAAUACGCCUUCCAACCAGGAUCUGCUAUCCAACAAGCCACCUCUACGACGCGUAUUCUCACAAUCCGAAUUAGCACGUUUUCAACGCUCCCCCGUGGAAGAGACUCCUCCGAACACUGGGAGCAAGUCACCAAAGCUGCGUAAAAAAGUAUCAAAAUUCUCCUUGGCUCCAACGCCGAAACUUGAUCCAUCUCCUAUGCCUACAAGUUCACGCGAAGGCCGAAUAACAGCAUGGAAUGGCGGGGGUACAAUACGCAAGAACAAGAACCGCUCCCCAUCGCCACCUAGCCCUAAAAACCCGCAACUCGGCAAACGUCGCGCCUCCAUGGACGCCAGAAGUCGCGCGAAAGCACCUGUCAGCGACUCUAGCAAGAUCGGAGCGUCGACCGAGAGUUUAUGCAGGACCUUGCGAGCCUACAGGAAACGUCUUGCAAACACUAGUGAUACUAUUAGCCCAGAGAUAGCGAAAGAGGUCGAGAGGGAGCUUGCGGCUACCGCGAGGGCAAUUGGGGAAAGGAUAAAAUCCAAAGCUUUUGAGGAGACGGUCAUGGUCAAAUUACUGGACCAAUAUUCCGAACGGUUGGUGACCAUGCUGGAUGAGAAAAUCGCAGCUAGCGUAGCACAACGGGUACGCGAGAGUAGCGUUGGCAACUUCUCAGACAGUGCAGAUUCGCCCGUUCUUGCACAGCAUCCAUCAAGAAGUAGAGCGGGCAGUGAGGAAAUUGGAGCGGGUCGUGUAGAUGAUUUGGAAUCGGGGACCGAGGCCCUGGUCUUAGAGACCACGGAAAGGUGA